UUGUUUCAUUCUUCUGUUUUGUACUCCUCUGAGCCAUGGUUAUUGUCUAAUGCCACAAUGUUUACUCCUUUAUCUCUAGGAUGCGUAUAGUGGAUGAUGAUGUGAGCUGGAAUAGCAUUUCUGCUGCACAAGAGAAAGAGGAGGAGGAAGAGGAUGAAGGCGACCUGCCUGUGGUGGCAGAGUUUAUUGAUGAGCGUCCAGAAGAAGUGAAACGGAUGGAAGAAUUCCGGACAAAUAAUAAAUGGAAGCUUUUAGGAGAUCAGAAUGAAGAUUCACAAAGCUCGGACCUUUCUCUAGCUGCCAAGCCUACAGCAAGUUCAGAAACCACAAAACAAAAGAACAUUAAACAUACACCUGACCCAUCACCUCCCAGGAGAGGUCGCCAAGAUUCGCCUGAGCUUUCUCCACCCAGGAAGCAGCGCCAUGACUCUUCAGAUGAGUCUCUAUCCAGGAAGCAAUGUUGCGACUCCCCGGACCAGUCGCCGCCCCGGCGGGGCCGCCGCGACUCCCCGGACCUGUCGCCGCCCCGGCGAGGCCGCCGCGACUCCCCGGACUGGUCGCCCAAAAGAGCACCUUUAGUGCCUGGAAAAAAAAGCACCAAAACUAUGGACAAAUCGCAACAGGGAGGAGACCAAGGAGACCGAUCUCAUCUGAGAGAUGGGUUCCCACAUAAGUUCUCAUCGCAUCCUAAGCGGCAGAUAACUCCAGAUCAUUCACCCCCCAGGAAGAGUAGAGAGAAUUCUGACAGAACCACAUCACCGUCUACGAGAAAAAGAACUGGGUCACCUAGUGGGCUGAAAAAACAGAGCAGCUCAAGAGGCUUUUCUCCAGCCUGUAAAAAGCCUAAACCGGCUCCAUCGCCUAAAAGGCGCCAGAGGCAUGACUCUGAUUCUUCACUGCCACAGAAGAGUUCCCAGGACUCGUCUGAUUCUGAUCUUUCCCCGCCACGGAACAGUCGCAGAGCAGGCCUGCUACGCCAUGACUCCCCCUCCAAACGCUCUCUUCCCAAGAAGAAUCGGAACGCGUCUUCAGAUUCCGAUUUAUCUCCUCCCCGAAGGAGGCAGGCAGCUGGAAAGAAGCUCCAUGGUUCCCGGAGCCCUCCUGCCCGCUUGCUGCCGCUUCGAGGCCCGGGUUCUAAAAGUUCUUCCCCAGGGGAUAGAGGAGAGGACCAAAAGGCCAGCCAGAUGCUCUCUGGGGGUAAAGCUGGCUUGGUGUCAGCCGACCUGCUGCGAAGGGAACAGCAGGAGCUCAGGAGACAUGAUAGACAUAACAAACAUUUGGAAGAGGAGUCCCAGAAUGCCGAAACAGUCUUUCGAGACAAAUCCGGCCGCAAGAGGGAUCUUGCGCAGGAACGACGUGAGCAGCAGAAGAAGGCGGAGGCGAAAUCCGAGAGAGAUGAGCUCUAUGCCAAGUGGGGCAAGGGCCUGGCUCAGAGUAGGCAGCAGCAGCAGAACGUGGAAGAUGCAGUAAAAGAGAUGCAGAAGCCACUGGCUCGUUAUAUUGAUGACAAGGACUUGGAUCAGAUGCUUCGAGAGCAGGAAAGAGAAGGGGACCCCAUGGCUAACUUCCUCAGAAAGAAAAAAGCCAAAGAGAGCCAGGAGAAGAAAGAGAAGCCCAGGUACAAUGGACCAGCACCUCCCCUCAACAGGUUUAACCUAUGGCCUGGCUAUCGCUGGGAUGGAGUGGACAGGUCCAAUGGCUUUGAACAGAAGCGCUUUGCUAGGCUAGCCAGCAAGAAGGCAGUUCAGGAGCUUGCAUAUAAGUGGAGCGUUGAGGACAUGUAAACAAAAGAGAAAACCAGAUGGAAGACCAACCCUGGUUCUGCAGCGGGGAGGAAGAGAGACCUCGGUGCACCUAAUUCCAUUGCAAGAGCUGUAAGAAAUGACUCCUCCUUCCUUGAGCACAGUUCUCCCUGAUAGUCACUGGACAACUGGCGUGGCAAGGCUGCCUCUAAAGGGGAGUUCAAGAUGCUCCUGGGAGAAGCUGAGAACAAGUCGCUCUGUCCAGUCAGUGGAGAAGGGGAAAACUUGGUUCCCUGGCCACAGAGAACUUCUGCAGCGUUAUUGUGAGCAGCUGGAAAAUGCAGCAUCUGGCUACCUGCAAGAGUAGUUCUGCUCUCUUGGACUUGCUCUGAGAUGCAGAAGAGACAUCGGUUUCUGGCAUUUAAUAUAUUUUUAGUAGAUUAAAUAUGAAUACGUUUGUAACCCUCUUUUCAGCCGACCUCUCAGUCCCUUGGAAGUGUUUUUGGGAUCUGCUGAUCUUCAGUUGUCCCAAAUCUCAGGUUCUUCUCUGGGUGCAGAGAGGGUUAAAGGAAACCCAUUCAUAGAAUACUGAUGCUCUCGUGGGUCAGGAUUGCAAACUGGAGAUCGAGAUUUGCGCUGUUGGGAGCUGACCCGGUAUUUGUUGGCAGCGAUUGCAUCACCGGCGUUAAUGCCGUUAGGUGGCUUGUCACUGCGGUGCUCCAACAGGUCUGCCUAGUGUCACUGUGAAGGAGCUUGGUGUGGCUCUUCUGUCCUGCAGCGUGUGGAUUCACUGACUUGCAGUGAACGUUGCAAGAACCCUCUCCUGUCCCUAGCUCUGAGCUAGGCGAAGUAGAUGAAUGGUUCCUAUUAUGCUUUGCAGCAUCACUAGUUGGUCCCUUCUUAAAUAGGGUUGUUGAAGAAUGGCGUGUGGGGGAGAAACUCUUCCGCUGUAUUUGACAACAAACUCAUCCUGAAUAGAAGUUCUGGCAGCUGGUUAUGGCCGGAUGUCAUUAACGGUGGGUUUAAACGAAUGACCCUGAUUGUGACUUUGCUAUCUGAUGCUCAAAAGAAACGGGCUGGUUUCUGCUGAACUAACUUGACGUUAGUCCCAGCUUUACUGUCUGUCUGUCGGUUGAAAUCAAACGUUCAGAAAAGCCGACUGUUCUGCUGCAGUAAAACUUGCAAAGACUCUGAGCCACAGUGCAGGUGGGGGCAGUUUUUGGCCUCCUUCCUCUUGUUAAGGCCCCUGUCACCUCAAAGGCUGCUGGAGUUCUCGAUUUACUUAGCAGAGAGAAUGUGUCAAAUGCCCCAGUUGUUUCCAUGGAAGGCCUUUGCCUUAGGAUGGUAAUUAAGCUCCUAUGCCUCUUGUGCUGUGGGUGGGUUCUGGUGGGAAGUAUGGCACAAAGGUUUUGUUUAGGAAAUGUGCUUCUUCGUGUGGGGCUUUCUCCCCGUCGGAAGGUGUUGCUCCUUUUUUGUUUAACAUGUUAAAUUUCUAGCAGUCCUGUAACCUGGAUGUAUAAUUGUACAGAAUGACGUUGUUUUUUAACUGGG